AUGGCUUCCCACGAGCAAGAGGACACCAUGCCCGAAGAGACUCAGGGCUACAAGCUGUCCCAGCCCAAGCAGAGUCUGGCCGAGUACCAGAAGAUGGCGCUCAUCCGAGACUUCUACACAUCCCUCUAUACUGUCAGAGCGGCUCAUGGCUUUGCUACAUACGAGUUACAGGAGGAGAGCGAGCAGCAGCAAAAUCAAGAGAAGAGAAAGCAAGAAUCGCCUACUAACAAGGCCACAGACGAGAACGACGAGUCUCUCCAGCGUUACAAGGAGUCUCUUGGCCUCGGCGGCGGCAAAGACCUCUCUGACGCCUCAGACCCCCGUGUCUGCAUUAUCCAGUCCCUCACUAUGGAAUCCCCUGGCCGCGACCCUGUGACCAUCGACCUGUCCAGCCCCGGCUCUGAGGCCACCCUCAAGGACAAGCCCUUCAAGAUCAAGGAGGGCGCCAAGUUCACCAUGGUCGCCAACUUCAAGGUCCAGCACGAGAUCCUCAGUGGUCUGCAGUACGUUCAGGUCGUCAAGCGCAAGGGCAUCAAGGUUAGCAAGGACUCUGAGAUGCUGGGCAGCUAUGCUCCCAACACGGACAAGCAGCCAAUCUACACCAAGCGCUUCCAAGAGGAGGAUGCACCCUCCGGCAUGUUGGCCCGCGGCCACUACAACGCCAUCUCCAGCUUUGUCGACGACGACAAGAAGACUCAUCUCACUUUUGAGUGGUCCUUCGACAUCGCCAAGGACUGGUAG